UUAAGCAUUACAUUUUGUGUGCUGCUCGCGCAGCUGAUGGUCGAGAGCUUGGAGCAGCAGCAGCAGGAGCAGCAGCAUCCACAGGAGACGCGACUUGAUCUGCCCCUGUCGCAGUCGCUGUCCGAGUGCGCCGCCAAGCAAGGCGAAUGCGACGAGAGCGAAAUGGAGCCUGUUUGUGGCACAGACGAUCAGACCUAUCCCACACGCUGUCACCUGCUGCGGGUGCAGUGCAGCGGCCAUCAGGUUAGCCUUAAGCAUCGCGGCAAUUGCAAAGGCUGCCUGGUGGCACGUCAAUAUGCUAGGCGCGAGCGUGAACGCAAUCCGAAAAUAUUCUUUCCGCGUUGCCGCAGCGACGGCAACUAUGCAGCCGUACAGUGCCUGGGCGACACCGGCUGCUGGUGCAGCGACAGCAGCGGUAAUCCCAUUAAGAACACAUCGACGCGCCGCAGCCGACCGAAGUGCAGCGCCUUCAGGCGCAGCAAUCGUCGGCGAUCGCCUCAGCGUCAGCUCAACUCGGAUGCGGAUAGCCGUGAAGCUGGCAACGGACACCGGGCGUGCAGCAAAACGGAUCGGCAGGCAUUCAAUAGUCACUUAAUCGAAUUGCUGCGCAGCGAGCACGCCAGAUCCGGCCAGACGUUGCCAGCCGGUGGCUUGAGCGAUGCGGCUAUACUGGAUUGGAAGUUUGCCCAAAUGGAUGGGAAUGCCAAUCAGUUGCUGGACAGGCAAGAAGUGCGUGAGCUCAAGAAGCUUGUCAAGCGGUUGGUUAAGCCCAGACGUUGUGGACGUGCCUUUGGCAAAUACUGUGAUGUCAACAGAGACGAUAGCCUGUCGCGUCUGGAGUGGAGCAGCUGCCUGACCAAAGAUGCCAGUCAACGUAAAAUGCUGACAAGCAGUCCAACGAUCAGCUCCAUUAUAUCGCCCACAAUACCACGUCGCACGCAUUAUAACAUACACCAUACAAAUAUCAAUCAAGAUCAUACAAACACGAAUAUAAUCGGAGGCAAUUCGCGUAUCCAUGAGCUGGGCAAUGGAAGCGAGGAGCACGACGAUGAUGACUAUACGGGCGAGGUUGAGGACUCAAGCAUGACACAAUAUUCACAUCGCAUAUCGCCAGUUAAUUCACUUGGCAUGCUUUCAAAGGGCAGUAUCGAGUCUAUUCUAAUGGGCCUUUCGUUCACAGUUCUGAUGGACAAAACAGCUGAGACAACGAACAACGACAGCGAAGUCGAUGCCAACUGCUGGACAGAUCGAGCAGUGGCACGUGAGGAGCAGCGCCAUGACGGCAACAGAUCGUUCUACGUGCCCGAAUGCAUGCCCGAUGGUCGCUAUAAGCGGGUUCAGUGCUACAGCUCCAUCUGCUGGUGUGUCAACGAGGAGACGGGCAAGAAUAUUCCCGGCACCUUCGGUCAGACGAGGCCCCAGUGUGAUGAGGUCAGCGCCGUGCGACCCAUGAAAGGCUGCACCGAGCCACGAAAAACGCAAUUUCUCAAAGAACUCAAAGCGUUUUUCAACACUCAAAUAUUACCAAGCAGUAAUUCGGGCAACUCGACCUUGUGGAAGUCAGAGGAUGAACGCAUUGCCACGCUGAGUUUUGUUUUUCUGGACAAAAACAAAAACAAGUCGUGGGAGCGCAAAGAGUGGAAAGUCUUUCGGGAUCUGGUCACCAGAUCCAGCAAUUUAAGCAAAUGUGGCAAAAAAUUGCCACGCUACUGUGAUGCGAAUGACGAUAAGAUAAUCUCGUUGUCCGAGUGGUUGAACUGUCUGCAAUCGCAGCGAGCAGAGAGCACCACGACUGUCAAGCCGACACAGUCAAACGAGACGGCUACGUCGAGGCUCCUGGGAUCAAAUCCGUUGGAGCAAUAUCUUAAAGAUUAGUUUUUUAUAAUGAUGAACGUUGCUUGUUUUUGGGCUGCUACUCAUUAGAUGUCGUGCCAUGUUGCGAGGAAGUGCUUGAAUAUAUUCACUCACUCAUACACACACACACAAACACAUACACAUACACACUCACACUCACCCGCACACACACUCACAUUCCUAGCAUAUAGAUUCUACGAUUCACAUAUGUAUGUAAUUAGUGUUGUAAAUAUUAAUGAAUAUAAAUGUUUAGGUUAAUUGUAAUGAAAAACUGAUCACAAAAUGAUCAAACUUAAAAUAUUUGAAUAUUUUUUCAUUGGCGCGCUUACUAUUGCAGCCAACUUCACGGCGUGCCAAGCAAACGUGCGCUUACAAUCCCACCACGCUCAAAUUUGCGUCGCUUAAGGUCGGCUGCGCACGCAUUUUACUGCUCCACUGCAGCCCGCCAAUAAGUUUAUCGAUAAGCAUUUCAGUUUAGUUAAAACCGUAAAAUCGCGUGUUUCACUUUAUUUGGUUAGCAAUAUAACACUAAAUAAUUAUAUA